AUGUUGCAUGAGUUACAACUAAGCAAAGAACUUAAAAACGAUCUUAUAUGGAAAAAGGAAACAUAUGGAAAAUACACCACAAAAUCUUUUUGUAAGUAUACCUUUGACACUAUUAAUAACACUGAUGGGAUUUGGAAGUUUGUAUGGGUAAAUGUGGCACCACAUACAGUGGAAAUGUUUGUGUGGCAAUUGUUACAUGGCAAAAUUGGGGUGAAGGAAGAACUCAUAAAAAGAAGAGUUCAUUUAGAUAACGGUGUCUUGUCUGUCUUGUGCAAUAAGAAGGUUGAAUCUUGUGACCAUUUGUUUGCUAAAUGCAAUGAGACAUGGAAAGUAUGGGUGAGGUGGUGCAAAAUGUGGGGUGUGUCUUGGAUAUCCCUUGGAUAUGUUAGAGGGAUCCUUGAAUUAUGGAAUAGAUACCAACUAAGGAGUCUGGAUAAAAGAACCUGGAGGAUGGCAUUCUUUGUAGUGGUUUGGUCAAUUUGGAAAGAUAGGAAUGAGACAAUUUUGAGAGGGAAAGAAUGGGAUUCAGGAAAUUGUUUGGAACUGGCUAGAAUCAGAGUUGCUGAGUGGGCAAAUGCAAAGUGGCCAAGGGAGUUUCCAUCUAUUCUGGACAUUUAUCGACAACCUACUAAACAAGACCAACAAACAAGAAGAUAA